AUGGGGAUUCGUCGCCCGAUGAGCCAAUCCUCGCUGACAUCACCGUCCAUAACGUUCAUAUUAGUCUUCUGUUCUGGACUCUAUUUAGGAGCUUUACUCCCGAACGAAAACUGGCGACCGAAACCAUUUAUAAGUAAAGAUAGUCCGAGAUAUGGAGGGCAAAUGUUACGCGCGAGCUUUAUGACGUCGAGCAGCGAAAGCCAGGCGAUUAUACCGGGAGCGGCAACCGAUUGGGUAGAGAGUAGAAGUGGGAAUAGUGAUAAGAGGAAUAGGAAUGGGAAUAGGAAUAGCAAUGGAGGAGGAGGGGGAGGUGGUGGUGAAGAAGAUAACGAGAGCGAUAGUUGUGACUGUUCCAAGAAGAAAAGCGCGUCGGAACUUCUCAGUUCUUUCGGUGAGAGUGGAUUAGGACAACUCGCCUCGCCAUCGAUUAGCAAAGAAGACGCGUUGGCGAAAAUCGACGCGUUACAGCGAGCGCGAACGCACCUGGCGAAAGAAAAGGCAAACUUAGAAGGUGAGCGGAACGCGCUGAAUAAAGUUGUGAAAGAAGCACAAAGAAGCGCAGACCAGUGUUUGAAAGACUUGAAGAAGAAGAAAGGAGGACACUGA